GAGACAGGCGCCGGGGUUCAGUGUAAACCGAGGAGAAGAUGGUGGAAUCGGCUGGCGCAACGUGCAGCUCUCUUAGCCUUCGAAUUGUUGAAACUGCGCUAACUUCGCCGCCAGGAAUUCGGUAUCGAUUACCCGGUGACCAUCACAGAUAAUCCAAAUCCUUCUCAGACGAAAGGGCAGCCUUCCUACUUGUAGCGAGAAGCCACUGCCGUUUCCUCACGGAUUUUUUUUUUUAAUAUUUAUUCGUUUAUAUACCAUUCUGUCUUAUUUAUUUAUUUAUUAAUUCCUUUGAGAAAGUCCCAAAGCCUCGAGAGUGCCUACUAUCAAGUUCCAUUCCGGGUGGCAACAUGCCCCGAUCCAAGAAGGGCAAACGUGCUGGGAGUAAUCGAGCAGGAUCUCUGAGACAGGAACUGUUACAGCUCCACCUGUCUGCCAGGGUCCCCUCACAUUCCUGUAAAGGAAGUCGCAAUGGGCCAAAGGGUGAACCUGUGCCCAGCGAUGAUGAUGCUGCCAGUGAGGUGCUGAGUCACUACAGCAGUGCCAGUGAGACUGCCUCUGUGCAGGAUGAAGGAACAGGCAGUGAGCCUGUCGAUGAGCAGACGGCCGCUGAGGAGACAGAAGACAAGCUGAAGCAGUGUAUUGACAAUCUGAUGGAUAAAAGCUUGAAGACUCGUCUGGCUGCUCUUGAGAGCCUGAAAUUAGCAUUCUCUUCCAAGAUGCUGUGUGAUUUCCUUCUUGAGCGGAGGCUUACCCUAACUGUCUGUCUGGAGAGGUGCCUACGUAAAGGAAGUGGAGAAGAGCAGGCCUUGACGGCGCAGGUUGCCACACUGCUGUGCAUCCAGCUUGGAAGUGGAGCCGAAGCCGAGGAUGUAUUGAAAGCUCUGCAGCCCUUUAUGUUCAGUAUCCUCAUUGACACCAGUGCCAGCCCAACUGCUCGCCAAAGUUGUGCCCUUGCUCUAGCCAUGUGCUGCUAUGUGGCUGCGACUGGUGACAUGGAGGACCUCAGCAAGUGUCUCUCUCAUCUAGAGGGUGUCUUUUCUAACUCGUAUCCCUGCAGAGAUGGCUCCCUUCCCACACUAAAGGCUAGUGACCAGGUGUUGCACUGUACGGCCCUUCAAUCUUGGGCUCUGCUCAUCACAUUGUGUUCAGCAUCCUACAUUAACACCCUCCUUGAAGAGCAUCUGCCAAAGCUACAGGCCUGUCUGUCCAGCAGUGAUGUCCACUUCAGAAUUGCUGUUGGAGGGACCAUUGCGCUUCUUUUUGAGUUGGCCAGGGAGAUCGACCAGGAUUUUGUUUACGAGGAUGUGGACAAUCUCUGUGAUCAUCUGAAAGAUCUGGCAACAGACAGUAACAAGUACCGUGCCAAGACAGAUCGGCGAAAACAGCGCUCAAUCUUCAGAGAGGUGCUGCACUACAUUGAGAGUGAAGAUUUCACCGAGGAGAAGAUCCAGUUUGGAAUGGAGGCUGUCUACAUUGACUGCUGGGUCCGACGGCGGAUUUAUGAUGCAUUUAAAGAAGUGUUGGGCUCUGGUGUCAGACAUCACCUGCAGCUCAAUCACCUGCUGAGAGAGAUCUUCGAGCUAGGACCACCUCUAGUGCAUGAUGCUGUCUCAAUUAAGGCCAACAAAAUCUCCCGGUUUGAGAAGCAUCUCUACAACUCUGCCGCCUUCAAAGCCAGAACAAAACUCCGAAGCAAAGUUCGAGACAAGAGAGCCGAUGUACUUUAGGGUGACUUCCCUCUGCACCAGGACUGAGUGGGGUGAGAGCUGACAGUGGUCCUGCUGACAGACGUCCACUGGACUGUCAAAUGGCAGUCGGGCGGGUUUUAGUUUUUAUUUAAUAAAAUAAAUUAACAGUUACAAAAUGUAAUAACUGUACAAAAAUACUGCUAAAACCAACAGUGUUUUACUUUCUAAUUUAUUAAAGAGAUGAACGCUAAUCAUGGUUUUAAAGAAAAUAAGAGAUAAAAAUACAAACUUGAAUGAGGAUAAAUGUCGCCUUUUGUAUUUUUCUAAGUAUAUUUUGUACAAUGCUGUUUUGUUUUUGUUUGUUUUUUUCUCCUUUUUUUGUUUUGCAUUUUUUAUAUAUUAUAUAUAUAUGGGGAGACAAAUUGGUGCCCCAGGGUUUACAAUUUCUACACGCCUCCUAAAGUGGGGAGUGUUUAUGAGAUUUUAUAAGCCACUGAAACAUGCAGGUGAAAUCUGGCAUUAAAAUUGUUUUAGAGAGCAAGAUUGAUAGACAUAUAUAUAAUGUACAUGUGAAUGGAAAAGAAAAUGUCAUUAAUAAUGAAUUCUGUAAUUAGUGUUUGUUGCUAAUAAAAAAAAUGAUUACGUU